CGUUCAUGCGCAAUGCAGCACCGGCCUGGAUAGGUACUCAAUCCGGGUGCACUUCUUGUUUGGAACUCCGAAAGGCAAAGCCGCUUUGAAAGAGUUUGAAAGCGCAUCUGAGAAGUGCUUUUGUUGGCAGGGCCGGCAGGGCGGGGUAACACAUUUGCAGGAACUCAUUGUGGGUUUGGCCGUGAGGGCACGCUUGGCUUAACUGACGUCAUCAUGAGCCCUUUGGGUGCUGCAGCCGAGAAUGACUUCACACCGGCAGCGCAGACGGCGGAUGCAGAGGCAGCUGUCGAGCUGACUGCUGCAAGCAACAUGGAGAACGGGAAACAUGGUACAUUCGGCGCGAACGGGGCCAAAGCUGCAGCAAAUGUGGAGCUGGAUGCAGGAAAGGAGGAGAAAGGGAAGGACAAACCGGAGAAGGCCAAGAAGGCGGAAAAGCAGCCGUCCGUGCCCUACUACCAGCUGUUCAAGUACGCGGACAAACUGGACGUCCUGCUCGUGAUCGGUGGCACCAUUGCGGCAAUUGUGGAGGGGGCUGCGCUGCCUGUCUUCUUUGUGUUCUUCGGAGAGCUGAUCAACUCCCUCGGGACUUACUUUGACCAACCCCUCAUUCUAGCUGAUAAAGUCAACAAGUACUCUCUCUACUUCGUCUACGUGGGCCUGGUCGUCCUCGUCUCCUCCUACCUCGACGUCUCCCUCUGGAUGUGGACCGGAGAGCGCCAGUCGUCGCGCAUCCGCUCCAAGUAUCUGCGCGCGAUUCUCCGACAAGACGUCGGCUACUUUGACUUGGGAACGAGCUCCGGCGAAGUCGUCAGCCGCGUGAAUGACGACACGCUGCUGGUGCAGGAUGCCGUUGGGGAGAAGGUUGGCAAUUAUAUCAAGAACAUGGCGACUUUCGUGGCCGGCUUCAUUGUGGGCUUCACCCAAGUGUGGCAGCUGACGCUCGUGCUGUUUGCGGUGAUCCCCCUCCUCGCAACCCCUGGCAUGCUCUACGCGCGCACCCUCAAGGGGCUCUCGUCCCAGGGCGCCGAAGCCUACUCGGAUGCUGGUCGCAUCGUGGAAGAAUCGCUGAGCGCCGUCCGCACCGUCUACUCGUUCGCGGCGGAAGAGAAGACGCAGAAAGCGUACGAGGAGGCACUGCAAAAGACCUACAAGCUGGGGCUCAAGGCGUCGCUCGCCAAGGGCCUGGCGCUCGGGGCGCAGGCCGUCCUCUUCUUCGCGUGGGCGCUCAUGUUCUGGUACGGUUCCGUCCUUGUCAGCAACGGCGAGGCCAACGGCGGGGAGAUCCUCUCGACCGCAUUUGCCGUCAUCAUUGGUGGGCUGUCCCUUGGCCAAGCGGUUCCUAACCUGAAGAACUUCGCGGAGGGUUGCACCGCUGCGCACAAAAUCUUCCAGAUGAUCGACCGGAUUCCGGCCAUCGACUCGGAGGACCUCAGCGGAAAGAAGCUAGACUCUGUCGAAGGCAACAUCGAGCUCAGAAACGUUUCCUUCGUCUACCCAGCCCGCCCCGACGUGCCCAUCUUCCAGCGCUUCAGCCUGGCCAUCCCCGCUGGGCGCCACGUGGCGCUCGUGGGCUCCUCCGGAUCCGGGAAAUCGACGGUCAUCCAGCUGUUGGAGCGCUUCUACGAUCCGACUGGGGGCGGCAUCUUCCUGGACGGGCACAACAUCAAGUCGCUCCAGCUCAAGUGGCUACGUCAGCAGUAUGGGCUCGUGAGCCAGGAGCCCGCCCUGUUUGCGACGAGCAUCAAAGAGAAUAUCCUGUACGGCAAGGAGAACGCCACGCAAGAGGAAGUUGAGAACGCUGCCAGGGCGGCUAACGCCCACAGCUUCAUCUCAAGUCUGCCUCAGGGUUACGAUACGCAGGUGGGCGACCGGGGUGUCCAGCUGUCCGGCGGGCAAAAGCAACGCGUGGCGAUCGCACGAGCCAUCCUAAAGCAGCCCAAGAUCCUUUUGCUAGACGAAGCAACGAGCGCGCUCGACUCGGAGAGCGAGCAUGUGGUUCAGGAGGCGUUGGACCGGUUGAUGGUCGGCCGCACGACGGUGGUCAUUGCGCACCGCCUGUCCACGAUCCGCGACGCUGACGUCAUCGCGGUGGUGCAGAAGGGCGAGAUCGUGGAGCAGGGCGCGCACAAUGACCUCAUCGUGCGCGGGGGCGCGUAUGCGUCGCUCGUGAAGCUGCAGGAAAUUCGAGAGGACUACGUCGAAGAAGAGCCACUCGACGGCCCCCCCGGUCUCGAUUCCCCCAUCAAGAGCUUCAAGAAACAGGGCUCCGGGCUUUCCGCCCAACGUUCCGGUCUCGGUCAGCAGCGGAGCGGACUCGGCCAGCAGCGUAGCGGGCUGAGCAUGCAGCGGAGCGGACUGGGCAUGCAGAAGAGCGGUUUGGGCGACGAGGAAGCCGGGGACACGGACCAGAAAAUCGCCGGAAAAGCGCCCCGGCCUUCUUUCUGGCGGCUGCUGGCGCUCAAUAAGCCGGAGUGGCCGUAUAUGCUAUUGGGCACAAUUGGGGCGGUUGCGGCGGGGCUGGUGAACCCGUUUUGGGCGUUGAUCGUGUCCACGGUGACGUCAGUAUAUUACAACACGGACAUUGAAGAGAUGAAGGAUGACGUCAAGAGGUACUGCUACAUCUUCAUCGGCCUCGGCGGUGGGGCGAUGGUGGCCUAUCUGACCGAACACUUUUGCUACGGGGCGGUCGGCGAGGCGCUGACGAAGCGCGUGCGCGCCCUGAUGCUCAAGACGCUGCUGCGCCAGGAGGUUGCCUUCUUUGACCGCGACGAGAACUCGCCAGGUGCUCUGGCGGCCCGCGUUGGGACGGACGCAACGUACGUCCGCGCGGUCGUCGGCGAUCGGAUGUAUCUCAUCGUCCAAGCGUUGACGGGGAUCCUGGCGAGCAUCAUCAUCGGGCUCGUGCUCGAGUGGAAGCUCGCUCUAGUUAUGCUCGCGACGUUCCCGCUGCUGACGGCUGGGGCUGUCAUGGAAAACGUCGUGCUGCGCGGGUUCUCGGACCAGAACGCAAAGGCCCAAGAGGGCGCCUCGCAGGUUGCGGCGGGUGCCGUGGGCAACAUUCGGACGGUGUCCGCAUUUUCCGCCGAGGACAAGGUGCUGGCUUUGUUCAACGAGAAACUAGAGGUACCGCGGAAGCUGUCCUUCCGGCGCGGCCAGACCAGCGGGCUCGGCCUCGGACUCUCCUCAUUCUUCCUCUACGCGUCGUGGGCGCUGGCCCUUUGGUACGGAACCGAGCUCGUGAAGAACGACGGAGCCAAGUUCUCCGACGUGCUCAAAGUCUUCCUCGUCAUCGUAAGCGUCGGCUUUGGGGUCGCCGAGGCGGCCAGCCUCGCGCCCGACGUGGCGAAGGGAGGCACGGCGACAGAGUCCGUGUUUGAGGUUGUGGACCGGCGGACGGAGAUCGAUGCGGAUGCGAACGCUAACAACAAACUGGAGAAGCUGGAGGGCGCGAUCGAGUUGCGUGACGUCACGUUCAGUUACCCAACGCGGCCGGACGUGGUUAUCUUCAAGAACUUCAGCCUGAAGGUGAAGCCCGGCCUGACGGUGGCGCUUGUGGGGCAGAGCGGGUCCGGCAAGAGCACCAUCAUAUCGCUCAUCCAACGGUUCUACGCGCCCGCCAGCGGACGGAUCCUGAUCGACGGAAAGGACAUUACCUCCCUCCACCUGAAGACGCUGCGCUCUCAGAUCGGCCUCGUCUCGCAGGAGCCCACACUCUUCUCUGGCACCAUUAAGUCCAAUAUUUUGUACGGCAAAGCCAAUGCGAGCGAGGCCGAAAUCGUGGAGGCCGCGCGCGCGGCCAAUGCGCACAACUUUAUCAGCGCGCUCCCGGACGGGUACGACACCCACGUGGGCGAGAAGGGCGUCCAGCUGUCCGGCGGCCAGAAGCAGCGCAUUGCCAUUGCGCGCGCGGCCAUCAAGAGCCCGCGCAUUCUGCUGCUGGACGAAGCGACGUCGGCGCUGGACACCGAGUCGGAGCGCGUGGUGCAGGAGGCGCUGGACCGGCUGAUGGUCGGGCGCACCACUCUAGUUAUCGCGCACCGCCUCUCGACCGUGCGUCACGCUGACGUCAUCGCGGUGGUGCAAGAGGGCGCGAUCGUGGAGCAGGGCUCGCACGACCAGCUAAUCGCCAAGGGCGAGGGGGGCGCGUAUUACUCGCUCGUGAACAUACAGAAGAAGGGGCCCGUUUGAAAACAUAUAUAUAGCGAACUGCUUAGUAAAGUAUGUAGGUAGGUGAAAGUGCCAGCGUAUGCAUCCAAAGAACUGCAAUUGUUUUGCAGAAGCAUCAUUUUUCUUCAAAGUCUUAAGUGUGUACGGUCAAGAUGCGAGCUUAUUCAAGCCUGAAAGCGGCAGGCGAUCAGUCGCUCCGCGGUCAACGCAGGUUAACAAAGAUGCAAAGGCAGACUUUGCAACAGUGUUGCAUAGCUUAGACCAGCUGAAUUGGAGUGGCUUCCCUUAACUCUUUCCGCAAGCAUCGCUGAUUCUGUUUGCGCUUGUGAUCGAUGUUUCUGCAUGCCCUUCAGGCUUGCCAUAAAUCGUCACAUAUCAUCGAUCCUUGAAUCCAAG